CAGCCCCGGCCCGCAGCCAUUUGCGCGCCUCGCAGGGGUGUUGCCCUCCCUGCGCUGUGGAAUUGGCUCCUGUUGCAAUUAAGCUACAAAAAGAGGCCGCGUGGGGCAGGCGCCUCCCCCCACGCCCCCGCUCUCCUAAAUGCAGGUGUGGGGCAGGGACUGAGGGAGAGCUGAGGUGGCUGGAGGUGUAGGGUUGGAAAGGGGGUAGUAUUGCUUCCCUGCACAGGACAGGAGGAGGGCGGCUUGGGGGGUGGCUGGGUUGGGGGCUGGCUGGGCUGGUUUUGCCAAAAGUUUGGUGAAGGUCCUUCUUCCCGCCCCUCCCUCUGUGGGGCUCAUCCCCGUCGGCAUGACGACGUCUCCGGGCUACCUGGUCAUCCUGUUCGGGACCACCGCCGGAGCCAACGGGGCUCGGCUGGGCUCGGAUGAGAGAGAGUUGAUCCAGCUGCUGUGGAAGGUGGUGGAUCUGGCCAAUAAGAAGUUGGGAAAUCUGCAUGAGGAGUUGAUCGGGCCCGAUCACUUGGAGCUGACGGACGAGUGCAAAGAGGAAACCGGCCUCACCGAGGACCACCUGACGCUCGCCCCGCAGCUGGAGCAAGCUCUGAGACAGUUUAACCAGUCUGUGAGCAAUGAACUAAAUAUUGGUGUAGGUACUUCAUUCUGUCUCUGCACAGAUGGGCAGCUUCAUCUCAGGCAAGUUCUUCAUCCUGAAGCUUCCAAAAAGAACAUCUUGUUGUCUGAAUGUUUCUACUCAUUUUUUGAUCUGCGGAAGGAAUUCAAGAAAUGUUGUCCUGGCUCACCUGAAAUCGAGAAAUUGGAUGCUAAAGCCAUGGCGGAAUAUCUGAAUCUUAAGAGCAGUUCGCCACAGAAUUUUGGAAUGUCUCAGGUGGAAGACAUGGGAAACGUCAUUUUAACACUAAUCUCAGAACCAUACAAUCACACAUUUUCGGAUCCAGAAAGGGUGAACUACAAAUUUGAAAGUGGGACCUGCAGCAAGAUGGAACUUGUAGAUGAUAACACCAUAAUCCGAGCAAGAGGCUUACCAUGGCAGUCAUCGGACCAGGACAUUGCUAGGUUCUUCAAAGGCCUUAAUAUUGCCAAAGGAGGGGCCGCACUUUGCCUCAAUGCACAAGGCAGGAGGAACGGAGAAGCUCUUGUCAGGUUUGUCAGUGAGGAGCACCGAGAUCUGGCGUUGCAAAGGCACAAGCAUCACAUGGGGAACCGGUACAUUGAGGUGUACAAAGCGACUGGGGAGGACUUCUUAAAAAUUGCUGGAGGCACAUCGAAUGAAGUGGCUCAGUUCCUUUCAAAAGAGAACCAAGUUAUCCUUCGUAUGCGCGGCCUCCCGUUCAGCGUAACCACCGACGAAGUGUUGGCGUUCUUUGGUCAGCACUGUCCCGUGACAGGUGGGAAAGAAGGGAUCCUUUUCGUGACGUAUCCUGACAGUAGGCCGACAGGGGAUGCGUUUGUGUUGUUUGCCUGUGAGGAAUAUGCACAGAAUGCGCUAAAGAAACACAAGGACUUGUUGGGGAAAAGGUACAUAGAGCUCUUCAGGAGUACAGCUGCUGAGGUCCAGCAGGUACUGAACAGAUACUCAUCUGUGCCUCUCAUUCCUAUCCCUGCUCCGCCCAUCCUGCCCGUACUACCUCAGCAAUUUGUACCUCCUACCAACGUCAGAGACUGCAUACGGCUGCGGGGGCUUCCGUAUGCCGCCACUAUAGAAGACAUUCUGGGAUUCUUGGGAGAGUUCUCUGGAGAUAUCAGGACUCAUGGGGUUCACAUGGUAUUAAAUCACCAGGGUCGUCCCUCUGGAGACGCUUUUAUCCAAAUGAAAUCUUCAGACCGAGCAUUUAUGGCUGCUCAGAAGUGCCAUAAGAAAACCAUGAAGGACAGAUACGUCGAAGUCUUUCAGUGUUCUGCAGAGGAGAUGAACUUUGUAUUAAUGGGGGGCACUUUAAAUCGAAAUGGCUUAUCCCCACCACCAUGUAAGUUACCAUGCAUGUCUCCUCCUUCCUACUCCUUCUCUGCUCCUGCGGCAGUUAUCCCGACGGAUGCAGCACUCUACCAACCCUCCAUGCUCCUCAACCCACGGACGCUUCAACCUUCUACAGCAUACUAUCCAGCGGGCACUCAGCUCUUUAUGAAUUACACAGCAUAUUACCCUAGUAUGCAGCAGAGAAUGGAUCUGUACACGCAGAUGAAUCGGCCAGGUCAGUGCCCAAAGAACGGAUUUGUCUUCAAAGGUCCAAGCAGUUAGAUUUUCCUAACAAAGGUACGGUUCAGCAACAUCUUCUCCCAAAUGCACAAUGUACGCACUGAACUUUGGGAGUAGCUAUUUGCGGAGUGGGAGCUUACAAUUACCCCCAUAUCUUUUUCCAUCCUCCUUCCCUUCAUUCCCUUCCUCCAUGUCCUUCCAAGCCUUUUGAAGCCGUGAUUGACAGCUAAAAUAGCCCUAUGUUGCCAUUUCCAAAUGUUGAGGGGGUGGCACAGUGCUUUAGUAGCUUACUGCCCUUGUGUGCAUGCCCAGCUUGUGGUUGCAUGCUUGGCAUAUUGUGUUUAAGGCUGCAUCUGUGUUCACGCUCAGCUCAUUGUGUUUAAGGGCAGCUGUUGCCUGAAUCCAUCUAUUGAGGAACAGCCCUCACAUGGUAAUGAACUGGUAGAUUGGGGCUGGCGGGGUGGAGUCUGUUUAAGACUAUAAGCAAAAUGAAUUUCAGCGCCAGUUUACAGACCUCUCAGAUAUAUGCAUGUUUCUUUUAGGCUCCACUUAAACUUCCUGCACAUCUUCAGCCAACCAAAUGCAGGUCCCUCUGACUCCUAAUUCUACAGUGGCUGAACCCUCCUAGCACAUGGGAAGUUUCCACUGUCUUGGAUAUCUACCUGUCAUUUUGUGUUUUUGUGGGGUAUUAUUUUUAUUUUUAUUUGGAAACAAAAACUUGGCAUAUGCACAGUUGGCCAUAGGGUUGCUUCUCUCUCCGCACGCCCCAGGUGCAAGCUUGCCAUUUAAAGUUUCUGGGACAUUCACUACUUUGAUAGCACAGUUGCCAAAUUCACAAGGGAGGGAUAUUGCUGGGUGUUUUCUUUACCCUUGCCUUCAAAGUGUUAAAUUCAGCUAUCACACAAAGGGUCCUCCUCGAGAUUAAAUCACUACAAAACCAAAACAAAAAAACCCCGAAAACCCAAAUUGUUAGAAAAACAUAUCAUGACCAAACCAACCUUUCAUUUUUAUUUGCACACAAAAUUAUUAUUUUUAUAUAUACGUAAAAAUAAAGGCUUCUUAAGACCUUGGGAUUGUGCCUUAUGGGUUUUUUAUAUAUAUAAAGAAUUGUUUGCUUUGUGUUUGUAUAUAUUUAUUUGUUUAAAAAAACUGGAUUCUAGCCAGGCUUACUUGACAGUCUAGGUAUGGUUAAGAAUGUGAAAUGCAAUACUUUGAGGGACAAAAUGCUGUAACAUUUUUGUAAAAUAGAUUAUAUAUUAUUAUAUGCAUAUAAAGUAUAAAAUGUAAUGUUCUAAACUUGUAUAUUGCACAUUUGGACUACUGUAUAUUUAAGUUACUGUCCCAUGAUUUUUUUAAUGUGGGGGAAUUGAGGGUAUUGUAACAAUACACAAACCCUUCAAUUCUUCACUUAUAAGAUACAGAACUUAGAAUUACUGGUAUGAUAAUAAAAUCUGACACUUGGAAAUAAUGGGAACACAAUAUUUGCUCACAGUGGUCUUGACUACGGAGGCAGUAAUUAAAUUGGAUGGUGUUGGAGAUUUAUCAGAGAUUAUUGGGAGAAUUGUAACCCAGAAACUCUCCUUUUAACUUGUAGUACCUGCCCCUUCUGCUGAGUUAAAAGAAUGGUUACCGAAAGCAUUAAAAAAAUUAAAACAAACCAUAUCACUGUUGUAGAAGUGCGGUUUUUUUUUGAGCUCCUCUACAUGGAUUUUGUACCACCCUGCUAUGUGGAUAUUUUGCUCCUUGACUUAAAUUGCAUUUGCAUCUUCCACAAGUAUUAAAACUGUUUUAAAUCCAUUUGUGGACCCCUCGAGUUCCAUUCUGUACACACAUCAUUAUUGCUUGAUUGUUUGUUACUGAAUGUUGGUCAUCUGCUCUCCCAGCAGAAUUGGCAUCUUUCAGUGGGGCUGGUUCUUGUAAACAUCUGCAAUGCCGAGCUGUGUGGAAAUAGUUUCCCAAAUAUCACUGUACAAUCUGGACCUUUUCCGCAAGAUUUCCUGGCUGGCAGAUGCCAUCUUCAAAACAUAUGCGUCAGGUCCUUCGAAUGCAACGUUCUGUAUAAUCGGUAUUAUGCUAAAGUGCCGAGGGUUUCCUGCAUGUCCAUUUAUCAAGAAAAUGUCACUUCAAAACAUACAGCCUCCUGCCACCACCCCUCCCUUCUGGGAGGAAGAGAGAACACAACUGCCACGAACGAGACCAAAUCACUUCUUCAUAAACCUCUGGCUGAGGAUGGAGGGAAUGAAGGUGGGAUAAAAUUGCAAGUUGGCUCUCUCCUACCCAAUCUAUGAUCAAAACCUGACCAGAGUGACACCUGACACUUACUACAACACUAGCAGUUGGUACAGCGUCCUCCCCUCCACCUGAGAACAGCAGGCUGGUUUAGGGAAUGAGAUGGAGCAGCAUUUGCACAGCUCUGUCCUCCAACAACAAUGGCCAGCCCUGUUAGCAGCAGCAGUAGCCUCAGCUGCUGUAAGGUAACAAUACUGUAUUCCAAAUUGCAACUGAAGAUUCCCCCCCCUCCUUUCAGUUGUUGGUUUUAAAAAAGAUGUGUUUAAGUUUUCAAAAAACCUGCAGACAAGACAAAGAAAUGAAGACAGGUCUCUGUGGAGCACAAUAUUGCAGUUGGGGGGGGGGAUAAAACAGAAGGUUCAGUAUACUUUUGCAGGUAAUACAGUAGGGGCAUUUUGGAAGUAAGAGUCCCAUAUUGAUAUGGGGUAGCCUUGCCAUAAAGGGCCUGUGCAAUGCACUAUCUUUAUAAAGCAUGUAAUUGGAGACCAUACAAUAUCAAAAUGGUCUUGUUUUGUAACCCCUCUUAAUGACCUCUUCUGAUUGGCUAAAUGCAUAGACACGGCAAUACCCCACACCUCCCUGGACCCUUCCUUUCUAGAGGGAUCUGAUGCAGACUCCAAAUGUCCAUAUAGAGGAGGGAGAAAGGUUGUUUUCUGCUGCUCCAGAGAAGCGGACAUGGAGCAAUGGAUUCAAACUACAAGAAAGAAGAUUCCACCUAAACUUUAGGAAGAACUUCCGGACAGUAAGAGCUGUUCGGCAGUGGAAUUUGCUACCAAGGAGUGUGGUGGAGUCUCCUUCUGUGGAGGUCUUUAAGCAGAGGCUUGACAGGCAUAUGUGAAGAAUGCUUUGAUGGUGUUUCCUACUUGGCGGGGGGGGGGGUUGGACUGGAUGGCCCUUGUGAUCUCUUCCAACUCUAUGAUUCUAUGUCUGUCAAGUUCAAGUCUGGCAUAGAGCAUUCUACUGUGUACAGAAGAUAUGCCAGAGGGAACAAGAAAGCUGGCCUCACCACCCUCUUUAGUGCUGGAGGGCACAUGUACCCCAUGUUUAGGGGGGGGGGUAUUGGUGAACAGGAAGUACAGUGAUUUCCCCCUUGCAGUAAGUCUGCCAUUGUUCCCUACCCAUGGGGUUGCAAUAGGAAUUUAUUUCUGGGUUGUGGCUAGUAUAAUACAUAUGGUAGGUGGGUGGGAGGGGAGGGAGACCUGGCUCUUUCAAAACAUCUGGUGGAAGGCGCUUUUGAAAAACUGUUUGAAAUAGGAAACAUCUGCAUUCAAAACAUGAAGUACGAUAUUUCCACCUUGAUUUGUUCAACCCUGCAACCUAGUAAUAGUGGGGAAAGCCACUUCAAAAGCACCAUCUGCAUUAGAUUCUCCAACGUUUUCUUAAAAGCUCAUGUUACAGGUAGGUAGCUGUCAUAGCUGCCAAGUUUUCCCUUUUCUCGUGAGGAAGCCUAUUCAGCAUAAGGGAAAAUCCCUUAAAAAAAGGGAUAACUUGGCAGCUAUGGUAGCUGUGUUGGUCUGCCGUAGUCAAAAAAUAAAUUCCUUCCAGUAGCACCAUAGAGGCCAACUAU